AUGGCUGGGAUAAGAGACUCGAUGUUCGACAUCUCAUUCGGUGGCGUCAGAAGUGUAAUUACAGCGUCGCUUGAGAGCUCCCCUUUGAACCCGUUUUAUUGUCAGAAAAGAUUGGAUUUGGGGGAGAAGUUGUUCGCAUUGUGCCAUUCCUGUAAGGAUACAAAAGGCGAACACUUGAGCGCGAUGAUGCGGGAGUGUAGGAAAAUUCCGAUCGGCAAGAUAAACACGUUUAUAUAUGCCAGAGUAUCUGACAUUGACGUGACAUUAUGCGUCGAGUUAAUCGGCGCACAACAAAUUUUCAACAAUUCACCUACUAGGUCAGAAGAGAAUUGGAUGGCACUAAUCUUUCGUUCAUUAAGUAUUCAUACAGCCGGUGAAGCUCCGUUUGUCAUUCCAAGGGGCGGAAAUUCAAAUGGAGGCCCAGAUAUGUUAAUCUUAUAUCGCUAUGCCGAUGCAAAUGAGAGGAAUGGGUACAUGAUGCAAGAAGAGAGCCUGAUACAGUCGCAGUUAGAUGUUUCACCUUUAAUCGGCAAUUGA